AUGUCCCCUCAACCGUCUUCCGUGACGGCGCUGUCCGCUCCUGGCAAGGUCCUCCUGACCGGUGGCUACCUCGUUCUCGAUCGCAGCUAUACGGGUACCGUUUUCGCCCUCGAUGCGCGCAUCCAUGUUGUUGUUCAACAGCUCAGAAGGGGUCACCGCCGUGGACCUUCUGGGUCAAGUGAUGCUAAAUCUGCCUUGAGUGGGGAAACCCAGCCGACUCAACCAGAGGGCGAGGAUAAGGAGACCGAUGAUACCGUCGUUGUACGUUCGCCGCAAUUCGUUGAUGCGAUCUGGGAAUACGGAAUCCAGCGGUGUGAGAAUGGCGGCGGAGUUAAGGUGGUUCAAAAAGGAGAUGGUCCCCGGAACCCUUUCGUCGAGACCUCGCUGAGCUACGCAUUAACAUACAUUAGCUACGUUGCUGACUCGAAGGAUUUUGGUUCCCUCUCAGUCACCAUCCUGGCUGACAACGACUACUACUCUGAGACAGCAGCCUCAAGAGGCCCUGCAUCUCAAGGGCGUGGUGGACGAUUCGUCAAUUUCGGUGUUACUCUCCAGGAAGCCCACAAGACUGGACUUGGUUCAUCCGCCGCUCUAGUCACUGCCUUAGUUUCAUCUCUGGUCAUCCAUCGUACCAUGCAAGCGGACGACCUUGGUGCUGGCCGUGACAAGCUCCACAACCUGGCUCAAGCUGCCCACUGCGCAGCGCAGGGUAAGGUUGGAUCUGGAUUCGACGUGGCUGCCGCCGUGUACGGAUCAUGCUUGUAUAAGCGAUUCUCGCCUGCUAUCCUGGAAUCUGUUGGUGACGUAGGAACGCCUGGUUUUGAGGAACGGUUGUUUGCCGUCGUUGAGGAUGCCGACCAAGAACACCCGUGGGAUACCGAAUGUGUCGAUUUCGGCAUGCAGCUCCCGCGUGGGAUGCAGAUGGUCCUGUGCGACGUUGAAUGUGGCUCGCAGACUCCCUCGAUGGUCAAGAAGGUCCUUCAAUGGAGAAGCGAGAACCAGAAGGAGGCCGACAUUCUCUGGGCCAGCCUGCAAAACAACAACGAACGGCUACGACAGGAGCUUAAGCGUCUGGCGCAGCACCCAGAUGCCAAUACAGAUGGCGAGUUCUCAGAUGUCCGCACUCUCAUCGGCCGUACACGCCACCUUAUUCGCACCAUGACCCGCCGGACGGGUGUGCCCAUCGAGCCGAGCGUGCAGACAGAGCUGCUGGACAACCUCUCCGAGAUUGAUGGUGUCAUUGGCGGCGUGGUGCCCGGUGCUGGUGGCUACGAUGCUAUUGUGCUACUUAUUCGGGACGAUCCCACCGUCAUUGCACGACUAAAUGAACGUUUCACCAACUACGAGAGUGCCGUGAAAGAUGACUUCGGAGGGAAGAUCGGCAACGUACGACUUCUGGGUGUGCGGCACGGGUCAGAGGGGGUGAAGAACGAGAUUCUGGAGCAAUAUGCCGCCUGGAUUUAG